AUGGCAAGCGACGUCUCUUGUGCAAGUGUGACAAAGCAAUUGGCUAGAGGAUUGCUUCCGUCGCGUUUCUUCUUUUCUUUCUCUCUUUGUUUCUCCAUUGAUGGUCCUGUAGCCGAGCUUCCUCGUCGUUGUCGUCAACGUGUCUCUGUUUCUUCAUCAGACGUAAAGGUUCCGUCUUUGAGGAGUUUCGCCAAUGGGUUUCUGUGUCCAAAUCGUAAGUUCAGAUCCCAGAUGCGAAAGAUGGAAGCUUUGCACGAACCCACCUGGAGAAAAGCUGGGUUCUUUGAAGCUAUCAAGGCAUCGACUUUCAAAAUCCGUGAAGACCCGUCUCUGAUUCAAGCCCUAGCUGAGAAUUGGUGUCCUGAGACCAAAUCACUCGUCAUUCCUUGGGGUGAAGCAACUGUAACGUUAGAGGAUGUGAUGGUGCUUCUAGGGUUCUCUGUUCUGGGCUUCCCUGUUUUUGCCUCUUUGGAAAGCUCAGAGAUGAGACGUGCAGUGAAGAGGCUAGAGAAAGCAAGGACAAAGAUUUUAGGGAAUCAAAACAAUGGUUACCGCGUCAGUCAGUUGCAAUGGACUUUACGUUUCAAAGACAUAGAUGAUGAUGAUUCGUUGGAGCAUGAAGCUCUGGAGGAGCAGAAUAAGGUGAAUGUUGAAGAGUCCGAUCAGGUGCGUCAAUGUAUGAAGCAACUUGCCAAGGACAAAGUAAAGAGGUGGGAGGCUCUUCAAGAAAUAUCAACGAACAAACACUUGCUUAUUAAAAUCAGAGGUAUUAAAACCAAUACUCAACAGGUGGUUUUGCAACCCGUGUAGAAACUUCUUAUUGUGUGAGAAACUUGAAAAAGCUUUGGAAAAGAUUGAUAAACUAAAGAAGCGAGUGAGGGAACUUGAGAUCAGAGAAGACUCGACACCAUCAGUCCCAUCGUGCAGCAAUGGUGCUGGAGGCAGUUGGUUGUCAAGUGGAGAAAAUCAAAAUCUCAGAAGAUGGAGCAAACAAGGAGAUAGAAAUCCUCAAUCACUAGGAGGUUCUGUCUCAUGCAAGGAUGAUCUAAUCUCUGUUGGACCUGAUGGGAAAGGUGUAAAAAUCAAAGUGUUGAGAUCUAAACCCCAAUUUUCUGUGAGUUUUUGCUUCUUCUUAUCUCGUUGUUCUCUAUUGCAUAGGGGUUUUUUAUAUGUGUUUGUAUUCUUGUUUUGUCUCUGUCAGAUUUGUUGUGUCUUGUUCUUGAUUAUUAUGUAUGUUUGUGUUCUUGCUACCCUUCGGAAUUGUUUUAGAAUUAGAUUUUUCA